AUCAGUCAGUGGAUUUGUGCGGUCUCUCUAAAUGACCCUGGUAGGACACUAACAAUGACAAACACAAUUGUGAGGAUUUUAUUACUCACUCUGCUACCAGAGACUUUAGGACAACAAUGGUCAUUCUCCUUUCCACAGAGUAUCCAAGCAUUGAAAGGUUCCUGUGUAGAGAUCCCCUGUUCUUAUACUCGUCCAGCAAGUCAACAGCCUCCCAAUGUGAUUUGGUAUCUGUAUAAUAGGAAAGUCUUGGCUGAUUACAGAUCCCGGGCAAAAAUUCUGUCAAACUCACCAAACAGCUGCACUCUGCAUAUAUCCAAUGUGAGAAGUGAAGAUUAUGGUUCUUACUACCCAGGAGUAGAUGAUAAAAAUGCAUACAAACUCUUUGACAGAUUAGUGCGUAUUAGUAUUACAGAUGCUCCUAAUAUUCCAAAUCUACUAGGACCAAGAGAAAUGGCUGAAGGAACCCCUGUCAUUAUUAAAUGCUCAGUAGAACAUACCUGUGGCUCCAAUCCUCCAAUUCUCCAGUGGAACAAGAGAGGACCUCCUGUUAAGACAGAACAAAAACAUCUCUCAGAAGGGAGAUGGGAAGCUAUAUCAGAAAUGACAUAUUCUCCUACAUAUGAGGAUGAUGAAACUGAAAUACAGUGUUCAGCAGCUUACCCUAAUGGGCAAUCUAGCCAACAAGCAGCUACACUCAAGAUUAUAUAUCCACCAAAGAACAUUACAGUUCUUAUGAGACAACAAGUAAUACAAGAAGAAGAUGAUGUUACAUUAUCAUGCUUUAGCAAUUCCAAGUUGGAAAUAUACAGUUAUGAAUGGUUCAAGGGAAUGGAAAAGAUCAAGCUUCCAGUUAGAGAUCAAGAGAUAACAGUGAGGAAUGUGAGCUGGGUCACUGAGCCCUAUUCCUGCUCAGCAUGGAAUUCCCAAGGAAAGGGAGAGUCGGCUCUCACACUUAUACCUGUACAGUACGCCCCUAAGGAAGUUCAAAUUGUAAAGAAUGAAAGACCAGAUGGAGGUAUUGAAUUAAAUUGCAGUUUCUCGAGUAGCCGUCCAAAUAUAACCCAUUUUACAUGGCUGAAAAAUGACGUACCUAUAACAACUCAGACAAAGCCUUUCAUAACGCUAGAAAAUGCUGAAGAAAACUCAGGGGAAUAUCAAUGCAUUGUUCACAACAAGGUUGGAAAUUCUUCUUCCGAUAACCAAGUUACCAUUCAGUUCAAUGGAACAAUGGCUAUUGACUUGUCCAUGGUGCUGGGAGGUGCUGCAGGAGUUAUUGCUCUCAUAUUUAUCGUCAUUAUCAUUUACUGCUGUAUAAGUACAAGAAAGAAGAAGUCACCCCAGCCUGACACAAUUGGGACCAUUCCUAGUAUGGCUGAGGCACCACCGACAAAAAUGGAUGAUCAUUUGUAUGAUACAUUAACUGAUGGCAAAUAUCAUCUCACAUCAGACUCGGACUCCACAAGUCCAUUGCAUGCUUCAUCAAGAAAAUCCAAAUUCCUGAGAAAAGAAGAUGAAGAUUGUCAUUACUACUCUGCUGAUGACAAAGGGCAGGAGGAACCAGAGGACAUUGAAUAUGCUGCAAUCAGAUUCUCCCAAAAUGACCAACCUAAUGAAGCAUCACAGCAGGAUGGCCACACAGAACACACAGUAUAUGCCAUACUAAAUAAUUAGCUACUCUGAGACUCUUGGAACAAGAAUGUCCAUACGCUCAUGGUGCAUGUAUGGUGCUUCAGCUUUCACAUUUAUUGCAAUGUUCCAAAUUAGAGUGGCACAUAUAGAGGAAGGGAGAUAUAUAUAAUGUACUAUAUGAAUUGUAUUGUAAUGUUUUGUCAGCUCUGCUUGUUUAUGACUCUUAUCCACAAGUGUCUGUGAAACAUACAAGAUCAGUGAUUCCCAACCAGUGGCUUGUGAACAACAUGCCGCUCUCCGACCCCUUGGAUGUUGCUCCCAGUGGCGUCAAUGCAGGGUUUAUAUUUUUGAAUUCCAGGCUUGGAGACAUGUUUUGGUUACAUAAAAAACAGAUGUACUGGCAAACAGAACCUACUGUAGGCUGCCAGUCCACAAAGAGGCUACCAAUAGCCAACAACAGCGUCUUUUUGCACUCCCAGGAAUGUUUUGCAUGUUUUCAACUUUUUUUUUUUUUUUACAUUUUAAUGUGGUUCAAGGGUAAAAAGUGUUGUGGAUCUCUGUACUAGAUAAUCAGCAUGAGAUGAGCAAAAGGUGCAGGUAAAAGAAGUUGAUGGGACAAUACCAAGGCAAUGUUUAGGAUGCAAUUAAACUCAAAGAAAAAUGCAUAUACAGUAAUGUGUAUAUCAGUGCAAAUAAAAAUAUUUCUUUACCCAAA